AUGGAGAGCCCGCAGAAGACACAUGUGCGCCAGCACUACAACAAGCAUUGUGAAGAUUCAGUCAACCGGCACAUCAACCUGGAGCUGCACACCUACUACGUCUACCUGUCCAUGGCCCACUUCUUGGACCGCGAGGAUGUGCCUCUGAAGAACUUCUCCCAGCUAUUACUGUGCCUCUCCAGCAAGGCAAGGGAGCAAGCUGAGAAGCUUAUGGAACUUCAGAACCUGCGCGGGGGGCUAAUCAAACUGGAGAACGUCCAGAAGCCCGACGAUACCGAGUGGAAUAGCAGUCUGCAAGUCCUGGAGUGUGCGCUGAGCCUGGUGAAGCGCGUGAACAAGAGCCUGAUUAAUCUCUAUGACAUAGCCAAUGAUUCCACUGAUGCCCACCUGCGUAACUUCCUGGGGCGUCAUUUCCUGCAACAGCAAGUCCAGUCACUGAAAGAGCUGAGCGACCUUAUCAACACCCAGCGCAAGUUGGGGUCCCAGGGCUGCGCAGAGUUCUUGUUGGAUAACCUCACCCUUGGUGGUGGCUCCAAGAACUGA